AAAACGCCUUCCGUUUUUAGCUCUGAAUGUGAGUUUCCUAAAUUAACCCCCCCCCUCUGUAGCCAAAUUACUAAACUACCCUUAUUCUCUCCUCUCCCCUAUUUUUUCUUCCCUUCCCUUCCCUUCCCCCACCACUGCCCCCAUUUUAUCCCUCACAGACAAAAAAAAUACAAACAAACGAAAAUGGUUUUUGGGAGUGGUACAAGAAUCCUUCUUUUACUCAUCUUUUCCGUUUUUGGAGGUUAUACGGCGGCUGAGUGCAAUUUCUUCGCCGGAAGUUGGGUUGUGGAUGAGAGUUACCCGCUGUACACGGCGGCGAGUUGCCCAUUCGUUGAGCACGAGUUCAGCUGUGUCAAAAAUGGGCGUCCCGAUUUGGGUUACACAAAGUAUAGGUGGCAGCCUCUCCAUUGCGAUUUAUCCAGGUUCGAUGGAAAACUUUUCUUAGAAAAAUUAAGAGGGAAAAGCAUACUAUUCGUAGGAGACUCGCUUAGUAGAAAUCAGUGGCAAUCUUUGACAUGCAUGCUUCAUUCGGCUGUACCAGAUGCACCUUACACACUAACAAGAGUUGGAGAUGUUUCUACGUUUACUUUUACGGAAUAUGAAGUGAAAGUGAUGCUAGAGAGAAAUGUAUAUUUAGUAGAUGUGGUAAAGGAAGAGAUUGGGAGAGUGUUGAAAUUGGAUUCCAUUAACGAAGGAUCAGGUAAGCUAUGGGAAUCAAUUGACUUCCUCAUCUUCAAUACUUGGCAUUGGUGGAACCGUAGAGGACCUUCUCAACCAUGGGAUUAUAUUCAAAUAGGGAAAGAAGUGUUGAAAGAUAUGGAUAGAAUGAUAGCCUUUGAGAAGGCUGUCAGAACUUGGGGAAGAUGGGUUGAUCUAAACAUUGAUACUCAAAAAUCUAAACUCUUUUUCCAAGGGAUUUCUCCAUCUCAUUACAAUGGAACUUUAUGGGGAGAGCCAAGAGCGAAGAGUUGUGCAGGACAAAAAGAGCCAGUGUCUGGCUCUGUUUAUCCAGGCGGGUUGCCGCCGGCCGUGGAGGUGUUGAAGGGGGUGUUAAGCAAAGUAAAAAAACCGGUUCAACUAUUGGACGUGACAGAGCUAUCGUUGUUGAGAAAAGAUGGACAUCCCUCCAAUUACGGAUUAGGCGGCAGAGUUGGAUUGGAUUGUAGCCACUGGUGUCUCGCGGGUGUUCCUGAUACUUGGAAUCUUAUAUUUUACAAUCUUAUUAUUUUACCAUCUUAAUAUAUAUAUUUUUUUAAAAAAAAGUAAUUUUCCUUAUUUGUUUACACAACAAAGAAUGAUUUGGAUAAAGUUGGGGAGAAUUGUUAUUUUUUAAAAAGAGGUCCUUGUUUUGGGUGUUAAAGGGAAAUAUUGCAAACAUUUGGGUGGAUAGUAGAAAACAUUAUGUUUGGAUGCAACCUUGUUUAAUGCUUUUGCUCACUCUUUAUAUUAAGUACGGUUUGUCUAUUAUUUCAA